CCAGUUAUAAACGGAAUACGGAUUACACAAUUCCGUACAUGUGGUACUCCGUACCUAGGCAUUCUUUUCCUUACACAAUUGACAACUAGUGAGCGAUUGGCAUAAGCUGUACGACACCAGCGCAGCAUGCACACACAGAAGGACGGGUAAUAGUUCAACGGCGUCACCUCAGCGUUUUGGCUCUUAAGAGUACUGUAUGUAUGUACUGUACAGUACAUAUGUACAUACAUACAGAACCCGUGAACCUGGUAAUCGCCCGCCAACUGCCCAACCACGACGAUACGCACCAGCCAGCCAUGGCCACCGAACUCCCACCGCGCUUCACGGCGGACCUGGAGCAGAGCCUCGAGCAGAGUCUCGAGGUGCCCGGCCCCGCCAUGCCGACGGACCAGCAAAGCACGACCAGCAGCGCCCGGCAAAGGCGCUGGGACGACCCACCAGAGGAGGAGCCGGCGGGUCCGCCCGAGAACAUCACGACCAUGGUUUUUGUCAAGGCGGGCGCGCUGCGGCCCUACCUCGAGACCGAGAUCAUGCAGCUGGCCUUCUCGCCCGCCGGCAGCCACCUGAUAGCCAUGGCACCCAAGGCCGUCAACUCGCGCACCUUCAGCCGCCAGGCCGUGUUCGGCCUGCUCGUGUGGAACGCCACCACGGGCCAGCGGCUGCAGGACCCCGUCGGGUCCGGCGGGUCCAGCCACGGAAUCCGGCUCAACGGCGGGUUCGCCCUCAAGCCCGCCUCCGCCUCCGCCUCCGCCUCCGCCUCCGCCUCCGCGCCGGAACCCCUGGUGGUCGCCUGUCCGUUCCUCCUGCCCAGCACGAGCCCGUACGACUCCAACGGGACGCUGAUGGGCCGGCUGGAGUUCUACGACCUCGCGCGGCGGGAGCGGCUGGCCAAGCAGGACGCGCCGGUGUGCGCGCCCGUGGCGUGGAGCCCCGACGGGGUGCUGCUGGCCGGCGUGUCGAUGCUCGAGCCGAGCCGGGUCAUGGUGGUGCAGGUCCCGCGGGCGAGGGAGACGUACCUCAGAGUGGUCGGCGUGCUGAUGCACCACCAGGCCGAGGUGACGCAGCUGGCGUUCCUGCCCGUGUCGGAGCAAGGCGGCCGGGCGCUGGUGAGCGCGGGCCGGGACGGGUUCGUGCGCGUGACGAGCGUGACGACCGGCCGGACGCUCAGGAAGAUCGAGAUCGGGGCCCGGGCGCCGGCGAAUCUCCUGCAGGUGUCCGGGGACGGCAAGCUGGUGGUGACGGUCUAGGGUAGGGACGUGGUCCUGUGGUUCCUCGACAGCGGGCGGGUGCACAACUACAACCUGGACGCCGUCCGGCUCGGCGAGGGGUGGCCGCUCGCCAUCUCGCCCGACUGCCGCUACCUGGCCUGCCGCAACGAGGAAGGGUUCGACG